CCCUGUCUGAACAGCUGCCUAGAGAACAAACCUCUUCAAGGGGAGUCUUUUCCGUGCUCAGCUCUGAGUGAGUACAGUUGCUGAAAAACGUUCACGGUUCCUCAGUUGCUGUGUUCCUGUGUGAGCUGUAACUGUAGAAGAAACAGCCAAUACCCUGAAUCUCAACCAAUCCUUGAGAAGCAAUGGAGAAAUUGGAAAGGAGACAGAGAUGUUAAAGGUGAAGCCUCACAACAUCACAAUGGACCAGAAAAUGCAGGAUUUAUUCAAUCACUUUCCAAAGCCAAAGCCAAAGCCAGAUCACAGUAAGCCUUCCACAGAUCCAGUUCUUUUCAUGCACAGAAUACCUACACCCUGGCUCUACAGAAUUUGGGAUAUUAAUCAGAAGUUCCUCUUUCUGAUGAACAACAUGCUGGUAGCAGCUCCACGAAAUCCCAGCAAUUCAGAACACUUACUGUCUGUGACCCCAAACAGAGGUAUUGAACAAAAAGAUGAAAAAAUAUACCCCAUCUUUAUGGGUAACGAAGAUGGGACACACACCUUGUCCUGUGUGGAAUCUGGUGGAGGUCAACCUCAGCUAAAGUUAGUGGAGAAACGUAUUAUGGAUCUGUAUGAAAAAACCCAGGAAUUGAAGAGCUUCACUUUCUUCUGUAAGGGUGGGAGCAGCAAGGAGACUGGCAGCUUUGAAUCUGCAGCAUUCCCAGGUUGGUUCAUGAGCGCGUCGCCUGAGCCAAACAAGCCGAUUGGUUUGAGUCGCCAAGGAGGUACUGAGAUCACCCAGUUUUAUGUUGAAAAAAAGGCUGAGAACCACCAUUGAGUUGUGGAGGUGCUUCGCUGUCAUCUUUGUUUCUUUUGUGCAGUAAACCUUAGCACACCCAGCACAACCAAGCAGAGCACAGAAAGCAGACAACGUACAUUUGCUAAACCAGAAGAAGUUCACUCACCUACGUGAUCAAUGCUGUGCCAUCUACCUAGUUGCAAGCACAAUGCACUGGCACAAGGUACAGGCCUGGAAUAUAUCUUGUGGAAGAGAACACCCAAAUAGGAUUUCUAUGUAAUUAUAAAGGAAAAUACUAUGUAUUUAUGGCAAUCAGAGUUUACCUGGUAUUUAAAUAUAAGUGGAAUAAAAGUAUUUCUAAAACUGGCAACAAGCAUUAAGAAUAGACAACACAUGAUUCCUUAUGCAAAUGACUUUUUACUCUGCCUGGUAAUAGAUGUUAUGCCCAGAAGGGUUCUAAAAUAUCUAAAUGGUUGCAGUGAUUCUUUGCUUUCAACUUAUGUGUAUCAGUCAGUAUGAAAAGAAUUAAACCUCCUUAUUAGUUAUUUAGUUAUUGUUAAUUUAUAUCUGUCCCCUUGAAGUUUGCAAAUCCUUCCCCUGGAUUUGAAAGCUUAGUCCAUCAGAAAUGCCAGCAUGGGUCCAUAGAUCAUUGAGGGUGAAGAGGUCCAGCUAUGUAGAAUUUCAAAAUUGUAGAGAUGGAGGGAGAGUGGCUUUUUUUGUCUACGGACUUCUCCAGAUCACCAGCUUAUUCAGCAUUCUUUCUGAUUUGCUUUUGCAGAGGUUAUUUGUCUUGUUGCCCUUCAGAUGUUGUUGGACUCCAGGUGCAGUACUGGAAUAGGUGUCUUGAUUACCAUAUGGUUCAUAUUUUAAGACAAGAAUGUUGCCAAUCAUAUAUCAUGUCAAGCAUGAUUCAGUUAGCAGGAAGUAUUGGUACCCAGGGCAGAGCUUGGAAGAUUACUUUUAAAAAGUAAUAAAUUACAGUUAUAGUUACAUGGCCCAAAAAAGUAGUACAAUAGGGCCCCGCUUUACAGAGCUUCGCUUUACAGCGUUCCGCUAAUACAGCGGUUGUGAAUUGUAGAAAGGCCCCACUUUACAGCGCUUGUUCUGCUUUUAUGGCGUUUUUUUGCCGCCGGGCGCCAUUUUGGUCAAUGUAAGUCAAUGGGAUCCGCUUUACAGCGGUUUUUGCUUUACAGCGGGGGUCCAGAACGUAAUCCGCUGUAUGAGCAGGGCCUUACUGUAAUUACCAUUACAAUUACAAUUGCUCUGAAAGUAACUGAUUACUUUACUUUUCCUCCAAAGUAAUCUCUACAUUUACAUUUCAGUUACUUUUUUUAAAAAGCCUACAAGGUGCCGGCCUUGGCUACUGCACAUCUAAGUAGCCUAAAACAACAUUAAAAAUAA